AAAAGGACCACGAUGAAAAACCAUUAUGGUGAGGGAGGGCUGCAGGUUCCUGAUCCAUCAGCGCAAGCGGACAGCCUGAAAAUAAUGUGGAUCAAAAAAUUUUUGGAUGAAAAUAAUCACGCUAAGUGGAAAUUUGUAGUGCAAAACAAACUCCUAAUAGGAGGAAAUCUUUCAAUAUUUGAAUGUAAGCUAUCCAAAAGGGAGGUCGAAUGCAAGUUCCCGGACAAAUUCUGGAGGGAGAUUUAUCUAGCUUGGCAAACAAUGGUUGAAGAAGAGGACAAAACAGACGGAUUAGUAUUGUAUGAGUCUUUGUGGCACAAUAGAUAUUUGAAUUUGGACGACAUGGUUGGAAUACCGAAAAAGAAGCUUCAAAAUAGUGGUGUGCUACGUAUUAACGACAUUUACGAUAGAAAUGCAGGCAGGCUGAUGCCACCCGAUCAACUGACAGAAAAAUAUGGCAUUGGGAACUUCCUGUUGUGGCAUAGAAUCUUAAAAGUAAUCCCAAAGGAAUGGAGACAAAUACUGCGUGAGAAAAGACCGAGGGUGAGAGAAGUAAGGCCGGAGAUAUACGUUACUUUACAGGAAACUAUAAAGGUAGCAAAGUGGGCAUAUUCCGUACUUAUGAAAUCAAAUAAGCUGUCUUGUCCUCGCAAAGCACAAACCAAAUGGGAGCAGGAACUGCAAGGAGUGCAAAGCUCUUGGCCAUCAGUCUUUAAGAUACUAUAUAAAAGUACACAAGAUUUUAAACUGAAAUGGUUGCAACUGCGUAUCCUGCAUCGAAUAUUGCCUACCAAUAGAGUACUUAAUUGGAUGAAAAUAAAAGAGUCUAGCAUGUGUGACCGUUGCUUUGAGCCCAACGAGGAUAUAUAUCAUGUUUUUUGGGGUUGUAAAGACGCAAAGAGAUUUUGGAUGAGACUGAAACAUACGCUUGUUUUACCGAAACAUUUCACACCAGAAGAUAUCUUUUUAGGUAACGUAACUGGAAAAGGAAAAUGGACGGCAGCCCCCUUACGCGUGUGUGUACUGUUAGGAAAACAGUUUAUAUGGCAAUGUCGAUGGUCUGGUGAAGAGCAAAGCGUACAGCGGUUUUCUUUGUAUCUUGCAAAGUAUAUAUCAGUUGAGAAAUGCAUCGUAGCACGCAGAGGGGGAAGAAAAAGGUUCGAUGAAACUUUUGGGUUACUGUGGGAAGCCUUGUGUACGAGUAGUACCUGAUUGUGAAAUGGACAGACGUGGGCUCAGGAUUGGAAGGGGGAGGAGUGUAUGUAGUGGGAUUCCUGUUCUAGGUACAAACAAAAAUCAGCCACCGCUCCCAUGACCCAUCCGGGCCAACCCGGGACCGGCCUCUUUGACUAGGGCCGGUCGGCCGGCCGGGCGUGCGGGGCGCCGGCCCUACAAGUCGACGGCUCGCACGCCCGGCCGGUGGAUAGGGGGCGCCGCCCGCGAUACCCCUUCGCCGGGCGGCGCGGGCGGUGGCUGAUGGCCCACGGUGGCUGAUGGCAGGCGGGCCACACCACGUCGCGUGGUGGUGAGUGGUGACGAGCUAUACUUUUAUAGCUCGGCCGCCGCCCAGUCAAAAUGCAGAUGAAAUGUGGCGGGUGCACACCGCAACGUUAUGUUGAUGCUCAUGUAGGGU